AUGCUAAAGAAAACUGUUGUUUGGGCCCGAGUCCCAACUGAUCCUGGCCCAUUUCUUACGGCCCAUUUGAAGCUAUUCCAGAAAAGAACCGAAAGGGAAAAUCAUUGUCGAUCUUUAACAAUUAACGAGAUGUCAUAUACCAGGAGGUCAAGGUAUUCCCGUUCUCCUUCCCCUAGCAAGAGCGAGGACAGGUCUGUCUCAAGGUCCUUGUCAAGGAGCAGAUCAAGGAGUCCCGACUCAAGUGAUGCUGAGAAUCCGGGAAAUAAUUUGUAUGUGACUGGACUUUCGGCACGAGUUUCAAAGAGAGAGAUUGAGAAGCACUUUUCAUCCGAGGGAGUGGUGGAAGAUGUUCACCUUGUUGUUGAUCCGUGGACACGGGAAUCUCGUGGGUUUGCAUUUGUUACCAUGUCCACUUUGAAAGAUGCUGAUCGCUGCAUUAAGUACUUGGACCGCUCAGUUCUUGAAGGCAGGGUCAUAACAGUGGAGAAGGCUAGAAGACGGAGAGGCCGUACACCUACUCCAGGAAAGUACCUCGGGCUGAGGACUCACGGGCGCCAAUCUCGUAGCUACUCUUCUGGCUCUAGGAGUCGUAGCAGAUCAUAUUCUCCUUAUUACAGUCGGCGGCGACGAUCGUACUCUCCAGAUGAUAGACGCAGGUCAUACUCCCCAUAUUACAGCCGUGGAAGGUCUUAUUCACGAUAUCGGUCUCCAUCAUACAGCAGGAGUCGCUAUCGUUCUGUUUCAAGGGACUACACUCCAGAUGAUCGAUAUUACAGAAGCAGGAGAUACCGAUCUAUUUCUCGUAGCAUAUCACCAAGGUAUAGGAGGACUUCCAGGAGACGUUACUCACCAAGUCCCUCACCAAGGCGUUCAAGGAGGAGUUGCUCGCGCAGUAUCUCGCCGAGGUACACUAAUAGAAGCCACUAUCGAAGUGUUACACCAUCUCCGAGGAAGAGCUCUAGGCGGAGUUACUCUCGUAGCGUGUCUCCCAAACCAAGUGGCAUCUUAAAGCGAAAUGAUUCUCAUGCUUCCCGUGAAGUAAGCAAAAGCUCAAAGAGGAGUGCAUCCGGUGGUCCCAGUGGAUCUCACAAACGAGCAUACUCACGUGACAGCCGUUCUUCAAGAAGACAUUCUAGGAGCCCUAGUGGCAGUUCAUCAUCUAGACCAGUUACUCCCGAGUCUGCUUCACCUUAG